CGUCUUCCAUCUUCCAUCUGUUCCACAAUCUUUCAUUUUGUAUCACGCGUUGUACAUGUUAUGGUGUUUGUAGUAAACGUGUUGCCGAUAAAUUACUAAAUAUUCCUUUUUGAGUUGAAUAACAUUAUAAAUGUAAUGUCCUAAUCGCAUAGAUUUCAUUUAACUCGUUUCCGAUAAUUUAAUAAGACAGUUUUUUUUAUCAAAUAUUCGUGAAAUACUUGAGUGACCGAUGAUGCCCAGAGGUCGCGGGUACUCCUCGAAUCACAGGGGCUACCGCGGGGGCUCCUACAGAGGAAACUCAUCAUGGAGCGGCAGUUCCAAUCGCGGGGGUUACUCGGGCUCCUCCGCGUACAAUUCAUUUUCGACGAUGGAAACGAAAAACCCCUACGAAUCCAAAUACAAAUACUCCAAUUCGGAGAGGUUUUCUAGGUCAGACGAUUACCACAAAUCCUACAGGUCUAAUAAUUACAAUAGCAACGUCGGUAGAGAACGGAGGUCCCCGCCGGAACGUAAACGAAUGAGAUUAGAUGCGCCGAGUUCGCGGCACGAAAGUUACUAUGGCUCGAGCAGACACGAACCGCCGCCGCCUCCUCCGCCUUACAUAGAACGAAGACUGUCGAGCGAGCGCCAUCAAUCGACGCCGUUUGCCAGGCGCGAGGAGUUUCGCAGGCCCCAGAGCCCCCCGAAGCGCGGCUCGCUGCGCGGCAAAUUUAGUCCGAGAGGGCAGAGGGGCCUGCGGUUCGCGGGACGCCCGAUGAGACGACGGCUAGUCGAUAGCUCGUACGUGGUACGCAAGAGAAUUGUACCGCGCGGAUCUGACUACGCUCGAAGGAUUAAGUUGUCUGGGUUGAGGAGCGGUAUAGCGGGCAGAAAGCGCCAGCCGCUCCGGCCUAAAGAAGAAGAAGACGAAGAAGAUGAGGAGGAGGACGACGAAGAACCGCCGAUGAAAGUCGAACGAAUCGAGAAAAUCGAAGAAAAACCCGUCGAAGACGAUUCGGAAAAAAUGGACGAAGAGAAGCGAAAGCGCAAAGCCUUCAUCAAGCUGCACUGUCCGCAUUGCGGCAUGAAAGCGGUGACGUUCAGACGGUACGAGAUCCACCUGCGCGGCCGCGCCCACCUCAUGGCCAUGCGCAAGAUCGCCCUCAAGCAAAAGGCCAUCAUCAAGCAGAUGCGCCAGGCGCAACGGAACACCCAGAACGAGCUGGAGAAGAGCUCCAACGAGGACCUGAGCAGCCGCACCAACUUUUGCCCGUUGUGCAAGCUCAACUACAAGCAAAAGAAGACCGUCCAUCAGCUGUCCGAGUCGCACAAGAACAUGAAGAAGUUUCUGAUGCCGUUUUGCAAGGUGUGCAACAUUUCGUUCAAGAGUCCGAUGGUGUACGAGAACCAUUGUUGCUCCAUCGAUCACAUCAAGCGUAAACAACGUAUGGAGAACAGCGAUGGUUCCGGUGAGGAAGACAAUUUGGAAAAUUUCACCACAAUCGAUUCCGUAGGAGAUGUUGAUGGUGAAGGUUCGGAAGUUGAAGAGAAGAAAGACGACGAAAAGGAAGUUCCUUUGAACGUUGGUAUCGAGAAGAUUCGAAAAAUCGAAGCGUACUAUUGCGACAUUUGCAAGAUGUACCUGCAAAGGGGCGAGGAGUCUGAAAUUCCGAAGAUACUCGGCAGGCAUUGCAAGCAGCGCGUCCACGUGACUCGUUAUCAUCGCAUGAAAGAGGCGCAGGAGAGCGAGAAGAAGAUGGCGAAGAAGGAGGCGAGCGAGACGGAGGCUGCCAAGCAGGAAAUCGUCGAGAAGGAUAAAACUAAGGACGAAGAGGAGGCGAAGGAUGAUAAAUUGUGGGCUGACGUCGAUAAGGAUUUGGGAGAUAUAUUGGCCGAAGCAGAGUCGGGAAUUAAAAGUUCCGAUGAAGAUGAAGAUUCUCACGUUAAUGGUGAACGUUAUGAUAGAUUUAAACUGAGUAAAAACGGCGAUGAAAAACUGAUGAGCGCCGAUGAAGAGGGAAUAUUAGAUAAUAAGUUGAUUACAGAAGGCGAAACGAAGAAAUAAAUUAAACGAUAAGUUAAAAUAAAGGUAGUGUUAGUUUCUUUAUUGUGAACUUUGAAUAAUUUAAUCUAUGAUAGAGGUAAUUUAAUUUCUUUUUUAUCGUAGUAAAUAAAGUGUUAUACACUAAUAA